CACACAUACACUUAGCUCAGACAUCACUGACACCAUCGAAUUCAUCAGGUAAGAGAGGUAACAGUAGCUAGAGCUAAGCUAGCUAGCUAACCAUGUCGAGGGUGCUGGAGCCUCUCAUUGUGGGGAAGGUGAUCGGCGAGGUGCUGGACAACUUCAACCCCACGGUGAAGAUGAUGGCCACCUACGGCGCCAACAAGCAGGUGUUCAACGGCCACGAGUUCUUCCCCUCCGCCGUCGCCGGCAAGCCGCGCGUCGAGGUCCAGGGCGGCGACCUCCGGUCCUUCUUCACGUUGGUGAUGACUGACCCUGAUGUGCCAGGUCCUAGUGAUCCAUACCUGAGGGAGCAUCUUCACUGGAUUGUUACUGAUAUUCCUGGGACUACUGAUGCCUCUUUUGGGAGGGAGGUGGUGAGCUACGAGAGCCCACGGCCAAACAUCGGCAUCCACAGGUUCAUCUUCGUGCUGUUCCGGCAGAAGCGCCGGCAAGCGGUGAGCCCGCCACCGUCGAGGGACCGCUUCAGCACCCGCCAGUUCGCCGAGGACAACGACCUCGGCCUCCCCGUCGCCGCCGUCUACUUCAACGCGCAGCGCGAGACCGCCGCUCGCCGCCGCUAGUAUCUACCGACCGACGACGACGACAACGACGACGACGUACCCUGACCAAUCCUCGCAUGGACAGACGAGCUUAAUUAUUAAUUACUUGCUACCUAUGAUCAACGAGCUGGCUAGAGCUAGCAUUUCUUGUUCUGUUCCCCUACACCUACAUUAAUUUCACUGUAAAAUAAGAACACUGGUUGACUAGGUGCAGCUUGCUCGUAGCUAGCUACAGCCAACUAGUAAUUGACGUGCUCGUCCAUUGCAUGCACAUUAUCCUAGUUAAUUUAUGGAUUAAUCAAGGUGAUCAUCGUCAGUCAGUAGCAUUUGGAGUGAUCGAGCAGUCGCAAGAGCUAGCUAGAGCUAGCAAUCAAGAAAUGGCCAUCCAUGGCAGGAGAGUCUAGCUCGCUAGCAAGCAUUCCACCUGCAUAUAUGACUACUAUUUAUUAUU